CGAGUCUGAGUGUACAGAGCGGAUUGAGGGUGUGGGUGAGGUGGGUGUAGGAUGGGAGAGUAUUUGGCGGAGCAUGGCAUCGAUGUCUUUCUCAACGAUGCGCUGACGUUGGCCGCAGAGGUCCUGCCGGAGAAGCCUGCUGCGUUUCUGGCGGCGUACUUUGAUGCCGUAGACUCUGGAACGCAUGUGCUGGGGCGGUCGAUGGAGUUUAUCACGGCGUGUGCCUACAAUGCAAUGUCCGCCGGGAGUGCGUGGCGUGAGGCGUAUGCAGGGCUGGACGCGAGCAUGCUUCUCUCGGGCGGAGACGCCUUUGAGCUCACGGUCCGCCUGUUUCCGGAUCUGCCGCAGGAGGUGGUCGAGGCAGCGAUGGCUCGAUCAGAUCGUGAGGUCGAAGCUGGAGUGACUGUCGCCAGCUUUGCACAGCUGUUGGCAGCCGAGCUCAAUAGCCGCGUGGCGCAUCGCUUGCCUCCUCGGUAAGUGCGGCCCCAAGAUUGUCGAGGAAGGUGUGGAAGCCCUCGACGGUCGACUCGAGCAGAUCCAUCAUUUGCUCGCGGUUAGCGAGAAGUGAUGCAUCAGCAGAAGCAAGCGAUGAGCGGAUUGAGUGCAGGUAUGGCGACGACGCCGACGACUGGCCAGACGGUCGAUGGCGCGGCAAGCCGCCGGUUGCCGCCAGACUCCGAACCAACAGCUGUGUCUGCUCGAGCUGAGCACGCUCGGCGGCACGCUCGCGAUCCUGGUCGUCAAGCCGCUGGUGGAGCGAGGUGACGAGAGCCUUGACCCGCUUGCGCUCGGCGCGGGCCUCAGUGGCGCGGGCACGGGCUGCGGCCGACGAGCGAGGGCGUGCGGCGCGGCGCGGCGAAGUCGGCGGUGACCGUGCCGGUGCCGGUGAGGACUCGUAGAAGAGCGCCUCGACGACAGGAUCACGCUGGCGAGUGGGCGAGGCAUCAAAGUGCGGGCGGCUGGAUGCAGGCGGCCCAGCGAGCGCGCGCUGCAGGCGGGCUUCGGCACGUGUGGCGUUGUCGACAAGCGUGGCCGCUAGCGCAUCGACGGUGUGGCAAUCAAGGUCUGGUGCGUUGCCAUCGAGAGCAAGGUCAGCCAGGCACGUCGACGGCACGACCAAGUUGAAGGCGUCGACGCCGAUCUGGGUCACUCUGUUAUAGCGGAGGUCGAGGUGCUCGAACCACUGGUCGUCGCGGAGGCCAGCGGCGAGGGCGGCAGCACCGACGCCGGUCACCCGGUUAAACGCAAGUGUGAGCCUGA